AUGUCCGUCCUUCCCAAAUCUCUCCCUUCGCUCGCUAGAUUAGCGUCCACCUCUGCCGCUGGAAAGCACAAGGUCGUCGUCAUUGGUGGUGGUGCUGGUGGUCUUGCUGCUGCCAACCAGAUAUACAAUGCUUUCCAAGCCCAAGGCAAGACUCUCGGUGAUGGUGAUGUCGCCAUUAUCGAUGCCGCUAAGAAUCACGAUUACCAACCAGGAUGGACCAUCGUCGGAUCAGGUUUAGCUUCAAAGGAGACAUACAGAAGAUCCCUCGACUCGUUGAUCCCCCAGCAAUUCGCUCAUAUCCCUCAAAACGCCUCAGGCUUCGAACCUGGAGCUAAUCAAGUGGUCCUCGCUGAUGGAAGCAAGGUCUCUUACGAUUAUUUGGUUGUUGCCGCCGGUAUUCAAAUAAAUUGGGACAACAUCAAGGGACUUAAACAAGCCAUCGCCGAUCCCUCCAAAUCUAAAGUCUCUACUAUCUACUCUUACGAGACUGCCGACAAGACAUGGGAUUUGGUUAGAAAACACAAGGGAGAGGGAGAAGCCAUUUUCACUCAACCUUUCGGUGUCAUCAAAUGUGCAGGUGCUCCCCAAAAAAUGGCAUACAUGGCGGACUCAUUCUGGAAAUCCCAAGCUGAGACUUCCAACAACCACUCAACCUUCAUCACCGGUAUGCCCACCAUGUUCGCUGUUCCCCAUUACUCCAAGGCUUUGGAUGCUAUCAGACAGAAGAAAGGUAUAGAUGCAUUGUUUAACACCAACUUGGUAGAAAUCCGACCAGACGAGAAAGUAGCCGUGUUCGAGGUAGUCGCUGGUGAAGACAAGGGAAAGAAGAUUGAGAAAGAAUACGGAUUGUUACAUGCCGUUCCUCAGAUGGGUCCCUUGGAUUGGAUCAAGAAAUCUCCAUUGGCAGAUUCAGUAGGGUGGGUGGAUGUAGAUCAAGGUACUCUCCAACACAAGAAGUAUGAGAAUGUCUUUGCUUUAGGUGAUUCUUCUUCUCUUCCUACUUCUAAGACCGCCGCUGCUAUCACCGGCCAAACCCCCGUCCUCACCCACAACCUCGUAACCCUGAUGGAAACCGGUAAAGUCGGUGACGCGAUCUACGACGGAUACACUUCCUGUCCUUUGUUCACUGGACGAGGUGAAUUGUUACUUGCCGAGUUUAAAUAUGGUGCUCAGAGGAAAGAGAGUUUCGGUAGAUUCACCGAUCAAGCCGUUCCCAACAGACUCUUCUACCACCUCACCAAAGACCUCAUGCCCCGAGCCUACUUCUCAAGAAUGUUGAAAGGUAACUGGUACGGCCCAAGAGGUAUUUUCCCUCCUCAAUUCUUGCCUUCUUAG